AUUAGGAUGAACUCACUCGUUUAGGUUGGCCUUGGCCACCGGUUAUAAAAAAAACCAGUGGUAUUGAGCAGACCCAGUUCCUCUAGUCUUAGACAGCUCUUAUUCUUAUAUAUAAGUGCCAACUGCCAAGUAACGAAUCUAAUCAUCUUGAAGCAAAAUAUAGGAGCACCAGUACCUUUUUAAGUCCUAGAAAGAUGUGUAUAGCAGUGUUCAUAUGGCAAGAUCACCCAUUGUACCCUCUCCUUCUCUUGGCAAACAGAGAUGAAUACCACAACAGGCCUACGAAACCUGUGGAAUGGUGGGAAGGUUGUAAGAUACUAGGGGGGAGAGAUGAGGUUGCAGGAGGGACAUGGCUGGCUUGUUCAAGAGGAGGGAGAGUUGCUUUGCUCACAAACGUUCUCGAGGUUCAAACCCUACCGGAGGCAAAAACCCGGGGAGACUUGCCUGUGCUUUUCUUAAAGAGCUUGAAGAGUCCAAAAGAAUUUGCACAAGAGUUGGUUAAAGAGGCUCACCAGUAUAAUGGGUUUAACCUUAUAUUGGCUGAUCUUCAAUCCAAAACCAUGGUUUACCUCUCCAAUAGACCAAAAGGAGAGCCUAUUCUCGUUCAACAGGUUUCUCCAGGCAUUCAUGUGCUUUCCAAUGCAAAGCUUGACUCACCCUGGCACAAGGCUCAGCGUUUGCGGCUAAAUUUUCAGAAAGAGCUCAUCAAGUAUGGAGAAGAUGAAAUACCAGUGAGGGAACUGAUCGAAAAACUCAUGAAGGACAAAGUAAAAGCUGAUAAAAGCAAAUUACCUUGUAUAUGCAAACUCGAUUGGGAGUAUAAACUGAGCUCCAUAUUUGUUGAAGUUGACACUCCACUGGGACGGUAUGGCACCAGGAGCAGUGCUGCAGUGUCGGUAAGACAAAAUGGGAAUCUGAGUUUUCAUGAGAGCUAUCUUGAAAAUGACAAGUGGAAGGAAAGGACUGUGAAUUACAAAAUUGAGAAGCUGAAAUAGUAGAUGGAUGCUUAGAUAAAGCUUACAGAGAUAUGAUCAUUUCUUUUUCUCGUGUAGUUGUAUAUAUGCAUGCAUUCUCUUGAUGCUGCAGAAAGCCUGGGACGGAAUAACACAAUGAAUAACAGCAACAAUGCCAUAAACAUUAUGUACUUCUGUGAGUUAUUAAGGAUAACAAACACAGAUUGAUACCUGAAAACAAGAGCAUGUCUUUGAUGGUCUCUUAAAGUUAGCCAAGUGAA